AUGAAAAAUCCAUUUGAAGAAGAGUCUACAGAAGGCACGGAUGAGCCAGCUUACCCACAUGCCGCUUUUACAAGAUACCCACGUCGUGAACUAUACAGAAUCCCUUUGGACGACAGCAACGAGAUUGACAUCCCGAGGUCUCCUGACAGCAAGCUUGACAGGAAUGGAUCACCGGAUAUAUUUGCAAGGAGUUCUUAUCAAGUAUCUAAUGGAAAAUCAUCUACUCUCAAAGGAACAAGAACGCCUAACUUGGAAUUGAACGAAAACAAGACAGCUAGAGCUAAAUUCACGUCAGACGAAAGUCCAAAAAGGCAAAGACAAGGUGGCUUUUUUAUUCCCGAUGGAAAGCAAAGUGCCGUUCCAAGUGAUGAUAUUUUUCUGUCCCACGCAAGCUCGUCAAGGAGCACGACACGAAGCGAAAGGAUUCUUGAGCCCCCCCAACCAAUCUUCACACCUGAAACAUUUGCCGAAGCCAAUCUUCAACAUCCCGACGAUGAGUCUGAUCAAAGGACAGUAAUAUCCGACCAAUCGCUCGAUUACGGGUAUCCAGAUUAUCAGAAAGUCUAUGAAGAAGAGUCCAUCUCUGACACCAAUACAGCUUACAGCUCUGGGUAUCACUCAAUGGGAGCCCAAGAGAGUGACUACUUUGGUGCUUCAAUAGAUCGAGACAUGAUGCGCAAUAUUCCCGACACAUACGUCCCGGUGAAGGAUAAAACAACGACUAAGCGAAGAGUUCGUCUUAUUGGGGGUGACUCAGGAAACUUCGUUCUUGAAAAUCGUAUACCAGAAGAGCUCAGAAAGGUGUUGACUAGGACUGACUCACCAUUCGGCGAGUUUACCAACAUGACAUACACAGCUUGCACAGCCGAGCCCGAUAACUUCGUGGCAGAUGGCUUCACUUUAAGGCCUGUCAAGUUCGGAAGAGAAACAGAACUCGUCAUAUGUGUCACGAUGUACAACGAAGACGAAUUCGCUUUUGCCAGAACGAUGCAUGGUAUCAUGAAAAACGUGGCUCAUUUAUGCUCUCGAGCUAAAUCGUCUACUUGGGGAAAGGAUUCAUGGAAAAAGGUUCAAGUCGUGAUUGUUGCUGAUGGCCGAAAUAAGGUAAACGAAGCUGUUCUUCAGUUGUUGACGGCUACGGGCUGCUACCAGGAUAAUUUGGCUCGCCCAUACGUCAACAACAAAAAGGUGAAUGCCCAUCUCUUUGAGUACACUACUCAAAUCUCAAUUGAUGAGAACUUAAAGUUUAAGGGAGAUGAAAAAAGCCUUACCCCUGUUCAAGUCCUCUUCUGUCUUAAGGAAAAGAAUCAAAAGAAGAUCAACUCGCACCGAUGGCUCUUCAAUGCAUUCUGCCCUGUGCUCGAUCCAAACGUGAUUGUAUUAUUAGAUGUGGGUACGAAACCUGACAAUCACGCAGUUUACAAUCUUUGGAAGGCAUUCGAUAAAGACUCGAACGUUGCAGGGGCUGCGGGCGAGAUUACUGCGAUGAAAGGAAAGGGAUGGGUCAAUUUAUUGAAUCCCUUGGUUGCCUCACAAAAUUUUGAAUACAAGAUGUCUAACAUCUUGGACAAACCUUUGGAAUCUGUUCUUGGUUACAUAACUGUUUUACCUGGGGCCCUCUCAGCGUAUCGAUAUAUUGCUCUUCAGAAUCAUUCAGACGGGUCAGGGCCUUUGGCAUCAUAUUUUAAGGGCGAGGACUUACUAAAUUCACGCCAUCUCUCGAACAGCAAGACUAAUUUUUUUGAAGCAAACAUGUAUCUCGCGGAGGACAGAAUUUUGUGCUGGGAACUAAUUGCUAAGAAGAACGAGAAUUGGGUUCUCAAGUUCGUCAAACAAGCGACUGGAGAAACUGAUGUACCUGACACCAUUCCAGAAUUCUUAUCACAGAGAAGAAGAUGGAUAAACGGCGCAUUUUUCGCUGCAUUAUAUGCGUUAAGACAUACCCCUAAAGUCUGGAAGACUGAUCACUCAAUGGGAAGAAAAAUAUGGCUCUGCGUCGAAUUUGCCUACCAAUUUGUGAGCACUGUGUUUUCCUUCUUUUCUUUGAGCAACUUCUACUUGACAUUUUACUUUCUCACGGGAGCUCUCAUCUCCGAGAAGAGAGACAAUAAUCCAAAAGACGAUAAAACAAAUCAAUACAUUAUCCAGCAGAAUGAGCAAGGUGAAUUUGAGGUUAUCGUUCAGGACUACAAUAUUGAUGAGGUCUAUCUCGAAACGCUUUACAGCAUUCGUUCUCGGAGAUCGAGCAAAAAGGUGAGACCUUUCCUGGAAACUCCAAGUGAAUUAGAUGGUGAAGAUUACGCAAAGCACGUCCGAACAAAGGUUGUUCUUCUGUGGCUUUUGUUGAAUCUCGUUUUCAUAAUGACAAUGUUGCAGGUCUACGAACCAGGGGAUACCGGAAGGAAUUACUAUCUUGUCUUUAUUCUAUGGAUGGUGGCAGUACUUGCUCUCUUCAGAGCCUUGGGAUCGACAGCUUACCUUUUACAGCAUUUUGCUAGAUGGCUUGUUGAAUCCCAUAAUUCGGACGACGAAGAUGGAGAUUUAAACGAAGCUGAGUCUACUCCUGCAUUGGUUCAGAAUUUGCCCAAUCUCGAUUCAAAAAUUGUACAAUUGGUUGCUACCGACAAUCUCAGUGGUGUACUUUAUGAAAAUGGAGAAGUCUACACAUGGGGUACGUUUAGAGGUAAUGAAGGUCUUAUGGGAUUUGACGAGAGCAAAGCCAUACAAGAAAAACCAUUACGUAUGGAAUCGUUGAAGAACAUUGUACAACUCGCCGGUGGAAAAGAUCAUGUCCUAGCUUUAGACUCCAAGGGAAUUGUGUACGCUUGGGGAGAUGGUCAACAAUUCCAGCUAGGACGAAGAAUUUUAGAGAGGCACAAAGUGGCAGCUCUCAAACCUCACCAGUUUGGAUUGUAUAAUAUUAGGUACAUCGCUUGUGGUGAUUAUCAUUCUUUUGCGAUAAAUACACACGGCGAGGUAUUCGCAUGGGGUCUCAACCAAUAUGGUCAAUGUGGGGUCUCAGAAUCGGGAGAAUUGGAGGAUGGCUCUCUUUUGAAGCAACCCACGAGAGUGCAAACACUCUCUGAAUUGAAUAUCAAGUCCCUCGUGGGUGGUGAACAUCAUUCAAUGGCGUUGACUGAUGAUGGACAAGUGCUUUCAUGGGGUAGACUUGAUAUGCAAGAGCUCGGCAUUCCAUCUCAUAAAUUACCCUCCUAUACCUUUAAAGAUGCGCACGGAAGAGCUCGUUCUGUGCCUCAACCUACUCAGGUUUCUAUUGGUCAAAAGCAACAUCACAAGAUUAAAACAAUCGGAGCUGGAUCGCACCAUUCAUUUGCUGUAACGGAUGACGGCGUAGUAUUUUCCUGGGGAUUUGGCGACACCUAUGCACCUGGCCUUGGUCCUCUUGACGAAGAUGUUGAAGAACCUUCCAGGAUCUAUAACACAGCGACAAAAGCAAUAGACAUUCGAAUGAUCAGUGGUGGCGGACAAUUUUCCGUUAGCGGUGGCAUACAAAUUUCCGAGGAACUUGCUAUCAAAAGAAACGAGAGAUAUCAAGCAGUUGAUGAUUGA